AUGGAUGACAUAGAGGCCAAUAUUGCGCCAACGGGAAUAACGUCCACGGAGACCACGUCAACGGAGGUCACAUCCCUCGAAAGAAAUAACACCAAUGGACAGCAAGCACACAAUACUCGAAUGCCCGGAUUGCUAAUAGGUGUCGAAAUUGAGGCGCCGCUCGCUAUGACCAAGUGGAAUGAAUUGACGGCGCAAAACGAACUGCUAGAUACGGCCGCAUCUAUAGACGAACUUGCUAUAUUAUUCAAUAAUAAAGGUCUUAAGGCCUACGGCACACAACACAACGACCAAAACCAGGAGUAUCGGACAUGGUGUAUCACUAUCGAUCCAAGCUUGGAGCCAUUGGGAAUACAAUACCCUGGAGCGGGCUUCGAGAUCAAAACACCUAUUAUAGCCAUUAAUAAUCCUAUCUACAAGCGCGACAUUCAAACUAUGUGGGGGAUCAUAGAACCUUUCAAAGUACCAAGUAUGAGGUAUUGGAAGCUGUGCAGCACGCAUAUACACUUCUCUCUAUCUGGAUACUUUCGAUUCCCAAUUGAUUUAGCUCGAAAGCUUGCUUUCUGCGUCGUUUAUUUUGAGAGAGCAAUCGACGACCUCAUGCCAGGCACAAUGGAUCCUAAUGACCAGAUGCACCCACAAGGCUGGAAAAAUGGCCGGUUCUAUGCGAAGAGAAAUAGAUUAAGACCCAGACACAAUGGGUUAAAGCCUUUGAACGACCUGAAGAGCUGUUGGGAGUGCAUUCGCAGCGCCGAAGAUAUCCGCGAGUUGUAUAGGUUGCUGUGUGGUGGCGCUUUUGGAGCGAUUGUUGAGUCGGAUGACUACUCAAGCGGUAAAACGCAUAGAUUGUUUGACAUUGACAUAGAAACUUGCGGAGGGAGGUUUUGCAAAUGGAACUUCGCAGGUGUUGACGAUGUUUAUGUUACUAUUGAAUUCCGCCAAAUGCCACCAUGCCGCUCAGCGGAAGAAACCUUGGACUGGAUCGGCUUUUUAACCGCGUUUCUUGCCGCCGUGGAGAAGGUAGACACGGCCAAACUAGAUCAAGCCGUCUUACCGCCAUCGGGAAUAACUUUUGCGAAGGCUCUAGGGCUUGAUUUAAAUCUCCCGCCGCAGGUCGAACGAAAUUAUGAAACUAAGUGGGCUGCAGACUCACCUCCAUACCAAUUGCCUGUUCUGCAUCUGAAAGAUUUUGUGGGCCACGACUUUGACUUCUGGCUAAGACUAUUGGCCGUUAAAGAUAAGAUGGAAAGUGAGUUGGAGGCAAUUUUACAAGAGGAGCAGGAUAAACCCUCGAAAAGCGCAAUUUCGGCACAAUGA